CUAAUAUUCAAACAACCAUUAAUUUAAAUAACGAACAACAACAUGCCUUUGAUGAAAUUAUAGCUAAUUCACACCAAAUUUAUUAUUUGAAUGGUUGUGCAGGUUCAGGUAAAUCUUUUUUAUUAAACUCAUUGAUUAGAUGCUUUUUGAAUCAAAAAAAGAAAUUUCUGGUAUGCGCUUCCACAGGUAUUGCAGCCACAAAUCUUUUAUUUGGGAGAACUUCCCAUAAAACGUUCUCUAUACCAAUAGAUAACAAUGAAAAAUUUCAUAAUGAAGAAUCCAAAAAAUUAUUCAAAAAAAUUUCCGACGAAUUUGAUAUUUUAAUAUUUGAUGAAAUUAGCAUGUCUCACAAAAAGGAUCUAGAAUACAUCAACGUGGGUUUAAAAAUUGCUAAUGAAACAAAUGAUCAUAUGGGUGGUAAAACAAUUAUUUUUUCCGGUGAUAUUAAACAAUUACCUCCAGUAUCAACAUCUAAUACAUCUUCAAUUUCACCUCUAUUGAACUCAUUCUAUUCCACUCCACUUUUCACUGAUUCUUUUAGGUUGGAAUUGAAUUUGAACAACAGAAUCAAAGACAACGAACCACACAAGGAUCAAUACCUAUCCUUCCUCAAUGAACUAAGACAACAUUCCACCACUGACUUUAAAAUUCCAUCAUUCUUAAAUAAAUCAUCUGAUUCAAAUGAUUUAAUUUCCUCUAUUUACGAUGAAGAAUAUUUGAAGAGAUACACUCAAUACAGACUUGAAUUUGAUUUUGAACAACUUUUAAAUUACUUUUCUAAAUCUCAAAUUAUUACACCAACCAAUGCAAAUGCCAAUAUAUUAAAUGAUCAAGCAUUAAUUCAUUUUUCCAAUAACAUCUCCCAACAACCAAUUAUAGAAGUCAGUGCUUAUGAUUACUAUCUCAACCCCAAUGAAGACACACUCACUCCAUUGAAUUCACCUUUGGAAUCACAAGUUUUGAAUCAAAAUGAUUUACCUCCAUCCAC